UGACAUAUGAAUAACCUCAAAUUAGGCAAAUUUGAAUCCAAAAAACUUUAUUCUGUGAUAUUUAAUUUAUGAUACGUAUUCAAAAAUGACUAUUUUGAACGCGCUAAAAGUAGCAAAUACUUUAAGGAAUGUCAAUAAAUCAGGCAUAACACAAAUUGAGAAAUACUCAUCAUAUGUCAAAUAUGCAGAACACAAGGCUUUGGAAAAGAUCAGGAACAUUGGUAUCUCAGCUCACAUUGAUUCCGGGAAGACCACACUCACAGAACGAAUAUUGUUCUACACAGGCAGAAUAGAUGCUAUGCAUGAGGUAAAAGGGAAAGACAAUGUAGGCGCUGUAAUGGACUCCAUGGAACUAGAGCGACAAAGAGGCAUCACCAUCCAAUCAGCAGCCACUUACACAAUCUGGAAGGACCAUAACAUCAACAUCAUUGACACACCUGGCCACGUAGAUUUCACCGUUGAGGUGGAGCGAGCAUUGAGAGUGCUGGAUGGAGCGAUUUUGGUGUUGUGCGCUGUGGGUGGUGUACAGAGUCAAACACUGACGGUUAAUAGGCAGAUGAAGAGAUACAAUGUACCUUGUUUGGCAUUUAUUAAUAAGUUGGAUAGAUUGGGAGCCAAUCCUGAUAGAGUACUAAAACAAAUGAGGUCCAAACUGAACCACAACGCAGCAUUCCUCCACCUGCCCAUCGGCCUCGAGAAAGACUGCCAGGGGAUCCUAGACCUUAUUGAAGAGAAAGCCAUAUACUUUGACGGCGAUUAUGGCGAGAAGAUCCGGUUGGAUGAAAUUCCUCAGGACAGGAGGGCUGAAGUGAAAGAUAGGAGGCAUGAAUUGAUUGAGCAUUUGUCUAAUGUUGAUGAAAGUUUAGGUGAACUGUUUCUAGAAGAAAAGACUCCAACCAUCGCUGACAUCAAAGGCGCCGUGCGCCGCACAGCGUUAAAACGUGCCUUUACCCUACUGCUCGGCACAGCUCUCAAGAACAAAGGAGUUCAACCACUGCUGGACGCUGUUUUAGAAUACCUACCCCAUCCAGGAGAAGUAGAAAACACAGCCACGCUUAACGAGACAAAAGGUGAAGAAGGCGAAACAAUAGUCCUAGACCCUUCAAGGAAUGGAAACAAACCCUUCGUUGGUUUGGCUUUCAAGCUAGAAGUCAGCAAGUUUGGUCAGCUGACGUAUUUGAGGUGUUAUCAGGGAAUGCUGAAAAGAGGAGACAAUAUUUUCAAUGCGAGAACUGGGAAAAAGGUGAAAAUCUCCCGGUUGGUCCGAAUGCACUCAAGCAACAUGGAGGAAGUUAAUGAGGUAUUUGCCGGCGACAUAUUCGCACUUUUCGGCGUAGACUGCGCAUCAGGCGACACAUUCGUCAACGAUGGAAAGUUGAAUCUCGCUAUGGAGUCUAUCGUCGUGCCUGACCCUGUGGUGUCUAUGGCCAUCAAACCGAAGAACAACAAGGAUAGAGAUAACUUCUCUAAAGCUGUCGCAAGGUUCACCAAAGAAGACCCGACAUUCCAGUUCCGCUAUGACGGUGAUAACAAAGAGACCAUCGUGUCGGGUAUGGGAGAGCUACAUCUAGAAAUAUACGCGCAAAGGAUGGAGAGAGAAUACAACUGCCCUGUGGAACUGGGGAAACCUAAGGUUGCCUUCAGAGAAACCAUGAUGUCCCCGUGCACAUUCGACUAUCUACACAAGAAGCAGUCGGGAGGCGCUGGCCAGUUCGCCCGAGUGUGUGGCAUUAUGGAGCCGCUGCCGCCACACCAGAACACCAUGCUCGAGUUCGUGGACGAGACAGUAGGCACCAACAUACCCAAGCCCUUCGUUCCCGGCGUCGAGCGCGGCUUCAUAGACACGUGCCAAAAGGGUUACCUCUCGGGACACAAGAUAUCCGGUGUCAAGUUCCGACUGCAAGAUGGCGCGCACCAUAUUGUGGAUUCUAGCGAACUUGCCUUCUUCUUGGCGGCUAAAGGAGCUGUUAAAGAUGUAUUCGAAGACGGUGCUUGGCAGAUCCUAGAACCAAUCAUGUACGUCGAAGUAACAAUGCCGGAAGAAUUCCACGGCACAGUUAUAGGACAACUGAACAAGCGAGGCGGCAUUAUCACCGGCAACGAGGGCGCUGAAGGCUGGACCACGGUGUAUGCUGAGGUGCCGCUGAAUAACAUGUUUGGAUACGCCGGGGAACUGAGAUCCAUGACACAAGGCAAGGGCGAGUUCAGCAUGGAAUACAGCCGGUACUCCCCCUGCCUCCCCGACGUGCAGGAACAGCUCAUCAGGAAAUACCAGGAGGAGAUGGGCAUAGUCCCCGAUAAGAAGAAAAACAAAAACUAACCGCCUUUAGGAAAUUAUGUAAUUAUUUACUAGGUUUUUGUGAGCAAUAAAUGUUUAUUUAUUAAUUA